UUCUGCAUAUUUGAAAUCACAAAACGGCACUAUGUUUGGACAACAUCGCGCUUGCAUUCGCUAAAGAAACAAACCCAAAAACAGCCAAAUGGGCGCGUUUUAUUGCUCUGUCUGCAGAAAAACAGAUUUUUCUGGAAAAGGCCACAUUUAUGGGAAAAGCCACCAGAGCAAACUUAAAGUAAUUCUAGUCAAAUUCACGGAAAAGGUCAAAGAAGCACGGCGGACCAUUAAAAAUCCUCAGGUGGAGAAAUACAGUCCCCAUCAUGAGGAGAAGUUCUGGUGUUACUGCUGUGCGCUGGAGGUGCAGAAACACGUGACUGACAGUAACAUCAGUGUGCUGUACGGAGGACUGCUGGAGCACAUGAGCACCCCAGAGCACCGGAAAAACACGCACAAGUUCUGGUGGGACAAUAAAGCAGAGCCCAAACUGCGAGACAAGUUUAUCAUAACAGAAGAGGAAACGGAGAGAUUCAAGGCUGAGGUUUCCAAGGCUCUGGAACAGUUUGAGGAAAAAGAGGAUGUGCUUAUUAAACAGCAAGCUGCAGUGAUCCGAUCCCAGGAGCAGCACAGACUGGAGGUCCUUCAGUCAUUAUCAGAGCCUGAUCCAGAACUGGUACAACCUGCUGAAGUGGACCAGCACAGCAGUAAACAUGCAGCCAGAAGUUCCCACAGUUGCUCUUAUGAAGCAGAGGCACAACCCGGACCGAGCCACGAGGAUUUCGCCUCACACAGUCAGUGGAAUGAACCAGAACUCGGUUUAACUUUCAUUGGUUACCAGGACUCAACCAGCAGUGGAAAUGUUCAUACCGGAGCUGUACCGCCGUGGCUACUUGAGGAGCCUGAUGAAGCCUCAAGCAGUGGACAGCAGGAAAUGGGCCCCUCACUUCAGGAGUUCCUCAAACACAAAGAGCAAGAGAAGCUCAAGAAGCUUCCGCCCAACCGCGUGGGUGCAAACUUUGACCACGGCUCACAUACUGACGCCAACUGGCUGCCAUCUUUUGGACGUGUGUGGAAUAGUGGCAGGCGCUGGCAGUCUAGGCAUCAGUUCAGAGAAGAGGAGGCAAAAACUAGGGGAAAGAGGAAGAGGGAAGAUGAUGGGAAAGCAACAACGCAGCAAAAAGACCUCAGUAAUGGAGAGUUAUGAAAUGGAUGCCCCAAAUAUACUGGCAGUAUGGGAAAGGUGGUGUACAUAUUGGUUUUCUCAUAUUGAGAACUACUAUUUAAAGGCAAAAACUUGCUUCAAU